AUGUCGGACUCCGACUCCGACAGUGCGACAUCGGCGGACGAGUCAGUGGCCUACGUCGAGAGGCUGCUCUAUCAGUCUGAGGGCAAUGGCAGGCCCUUGUAUCUCGUUAAGUGGUCGGGAUAUGGUAUUGAGCGAUGUACUUGGGAGCCUGCUGAGAGCUUUAUAGACCCGUCAAUUCUCGUUGGGUGGGAGAUGCAGCGCGAGGCUGGCGAUGUUCUGGACGAGAACACACUUGCAACUGUCCAAGCGCGAAUGGACGCUUAUGAAAAAAAAGAAGCCCGGAAAAGAUGUCGGAAGGAAUUUGAACGAGCAUCCGGUCGGCCGCCAAAGUCUAACCCACCAGGAGUCAAGCGACCACGAGCAUCUCGUUCACCAAGCAUAAAGGUGGAAGCUCCAGAAACAUCCGGAGUGAAGGAGACACAAACCGCAGAACAGCCACGUUCACCAAACCCUCCAGUGGCCCAAGCAGGCUCCGCCCAGGUGACAUCGACGCAAGUCGAUUCAUACCAGCCGUCCGCAACGACAGUGGAUCCAAAACCCAAUAUCACGCCUCCUGUUCCUCUACCGCUGGCGCAAGGCGAGGGUGCUCCACGCCCGAUCACGACCGCAAAGCAGGGAGGAAAUAUUCAAACCAAUCAAGAUCCCAAGCCAACAAAAUCUUAUGUGACCCCGGGCCCCGGACUCAACCAGAAUACGCUAAGGGGACCGAACACGUCGGCUGCUGGAAAACAGCAAGGGAAUGCUCAAGCUGCGCCGAUGGCAACAUAUACCGGAAAAGGCAAGGCAGGGCAGAUGUUCAAAAAUAUGAGAGAACAGAAUCGAUAUACCAAACUUGCAAGUCGAGAACCCGCACCAGAUAUCUCAAAACUGGAUCUCAGAGAAGCAGACGCAUGGCCUGUGUCCGGACUCGCUGAGCCCGCAUCCAAAAUUCAUGGCCCGAGUCCAAAAGAUGGCCGCGGCAGUUCUCCCCUGUUCUUCUCAGAGGAUGAGACGGAACUGCCUCAGACAGACAAUCAGGAGACACGGGGAGAAGCCUGCAAGAGUCCUCGCCAGAGCGUACCUGGCGAACCCCCUCUGCGGGCCACGGAAGCAGCACCGAGCAUUCCGCUAGCGUCCCUGGCACCAGAUAAAUCAGCUGCAAACUGGGGCUCAUCGCAGUGGCCUAUUAGAAACAUGAUUACUGACACGCGACCGAUUUCUAUCAAGAGCAAGUCCCGCCGUUCUAUGUCGUCUACGGCACUACGAACACCAUUCGCUGAGAGACGGCCGUCUCCCUCCCGGCCACGCUCGACCAGCGCCCAUGAUUAUGAUGAUGUCGGUGGGCCUUCAACACGCGUACAAAUUCCUUCCAGCCAUAGUCCCCCCAAAGCCUCUACGACUUCAAGUGCUCAAAAGUCUAGGUGGCCGGUUAAGGGGUCCCCAAAUCACGAACUGCCCACUAAUCUUGAUGUUUAUCUACUAUAUGGACACUACGAUGUAGGUUUGGUGACAUUGGCCGGUAUACCACCGUGGUUAUCUCGCAAACUCGGGAAAACCACCGGCGGACGUCAUCCGACAAUCGCCUUCAAAAAGCACUGGAUGAUGAAUGGAGCAGAAUUUUCUGACUUUUCCGCAGACAAGCUACAUAUUCAGGAGCACGGGACGUUCCCAAUCCAGGCGCGGGAUGAUGCGCGGCGAGCAGUCGAAAGGCUUUGCAAAGACAUGAAAGAUAACGACUUGAUUGCCGUGUGGGAGUAUUUACCCCAUGACAGUCUCGUCCUGGUUCUGUCAUGGAAAGACUCCAGCGCCGAGAAUGUCAAUGAAUUUGAAACUCCUUUGAGGAUUUCUCUCCGCAAUAAGCGACCUGGGAUCUAUCUGGGGAAUCACCCAGGAGCGGUCGACUAUCGACAACACCCAAGUGGCGAACGGGAUACGCGGUUCCCAGGAGCUAUACCAAAAUCCGCGCAACCUCUACCUCGAUCAGCCGUAGCAGAGGACGCAGGCGUGUACACACAGAGCCCAUUCAAACCAUCGGCACCAACACGAACAAUGACGUUGGCGAAGUGGCCCUCGGCGUCGGCGCACUCCCAAGUACAGAGCCCAGUCAACUCUCUCACAUCAGCACCAGGAGCAGCAACGAUACUAGCAAACACACCUGCGGUAGAGAGAUCACCAUCCUCGGCCAAUGACAAUACAUUGCCUGGUGGUGUGGAUAGAUCAAGGCACGAGCUAUGGGUGAUGAUAUGCUUCGGGAAGUCUAACCCAGUCGAUGCUGAAGCUGUGAGACAAUGGCUGUGUACGCACAAUCGCCCGUACCGAGUUUUCAUAGACACGGAGAAGAACGGCUGGGACAAGUUUCGGGACGGCAUCUCCAGCAAGGACAGCGCUAUCCUAUUUCACGAGAUGCACAGAGCAUACUGCGAUCUCCCGCUUUUCCACAAAGUACUCGAACGACAACAUCUUUCCUGUUACGAGGUCCCGUCCCAAAGCCCGUUGGGAAAGCUGAAAGAGCCCAAACUUGGUCAGGAAGGGGGGUGGACGAAACUCUUUCCACGGGGAUCAGUAUUUUGCAUCACUGAAGACACUUUGAAUCGUCAUCUGCAGGACGUGUUAUGGUUCAUGACGUGGUUCGAAUACCGAUCCAGGAAGGAGACAUUGAGGCUCGCCCUUCCUCCGGACAUCUCUUCCUGGCUCUUACGAAGGGCGAAGGACAACGUCGGUGGUAAAAUAUCAGAUAAGUACAUUAACAUUGUUCAAUCUGUCCACCGACUAAGAGCGCGGUCCUCGGAGGUGUCCUGGAGCAACACAAGUCGUCGUGAUGACCCUGAUGAAUUUGUCCACGCCCGGCCCUGGGAUCAUAGCUCCGAGAUCAUUCAGUCACCCCCGCCUUCACCCUUCUUUGGCGAUUGGGAUCGUGCUGACUUCGGUCACGAGGCUGUGAGGGCGCGGGAUAAGAGCUUGAUCAAAUGGUUCGUCGGGUGGGCGGCAGCGAAUUCCCCGCUCUACCGGAAGUUCUUUGUCCUCGAUGCAACCCACGACAAUGGGACAGAAAAUCAUUCAUGGCACAUCAGCUUCCGACACAUCACUUCGUGGAAGCAAGAUAUCGAUCGAAUAGAACAACGCGAGCAUGAAAUUUCCACUUUCUCGCAGACUUGGUGA